GGUUGCAGGACACAACAACUGCUGGUCCUCUGCCGAUGGAAAUCUUUUGGACGUUCUUGUGGAAAUGGAAAAGGAGAGGGAAAAGAAGGAAAUGUUUCAUUGGGACUUUCAGCUCCUAAACUCCAGCAACCUUCAUCAGAUGAUGGAUUACACAGAACAAAGCACAGAUCCCAAACAUGCUUACAACUCAGAGCCAGGAUUUGUGCAGAUACACACGAGUGAGAAGGAACGAAUGAGGAAGGUGACGGAUGAACAGGAGUUCUGUGACAGAGAUACAAGAGUGAUGAGACUCAGAAAAGUAGCCAGGCAGUGCUGGGCCAAAUUGGCAUCAGAGGGUGUGAAAAGCAUGCUGUCCCCUCCCUGGCAGAGUCAGAACACGAGUUUCCGGGCUCAAUCGUGGGGCUGUGUCACCCUGUCAGACGUCCUCCUCUUGGUGGAAGUGAAGUACGACGUGGUGAAGCAAUUGCUUUUCACAGAAAUGCUUCAGGAGCAUCAUACAAACAACGUUUGGGAAAAUCUGCUUCCGUGGCAAAAGCAGAAGGAAGUGGAGAUGCUGGAGGAGCUCGCAGAAGAGGCGCUGGAGUCUGCUGAUGUGAUUUGUUUGGCGAUGCUGCCAGGAGCGUUCAGGAUGUACAAAGCCAGUCUGGAUGCAUCAGAACCAAGCGGCCGAAGGUCCACAGAGCAAUGCUGGACUGCUGUUUCUCUCCUGAACGAGAUCCAGACUCUUUGUCAGCGAGAACAGCACACGCUGACCCACUUAACCCCGAGACUGCGCAGUGAGGAUCCAAUUCUCAUGUGUCUUCACAUCAGGCUGGCGACUCUUAAAGCCCAGAGGGAGAACGUGUCCUACAGCGGGCUCCUAGCAGCCCAGCAGUCCUGGGAAACAUGGUGGCUGAACCAGGAAACAAUAAUGAGGAUAAGGAUUUACAAUCAUCAGCUUUUUUAUGCUUAUAUUUAG